CAGGAACAAAGACAGGUCGACAUUUCCAACGUACCUGACUCACAAUCACGCGUAUCCUGGUCAGAUACCUGGGCUGCUCUCGAAAAGGAGUCGCUUGCUUCCCAAAUACGCGGAUAUAAGGAAUGGAAACGAAACGGGUCAACCCAUGAAGAUUACUGUCGCAUUUGCUUCAAGUCAGAUAGUCUCGAGCCAUGCUUGACCUGCCGACUGGCAUUUCAUGGCGAUUGCAUGCCUUUUGGGUGGAUACGGAACUCGCAAAAUGAACACUUUUGCACCAUAUGUGUCCGACGGGGCUGGCAUAUAGCUCCUCCUGCGCUUACGCCACCCGCUUCGCCAAGAUUGACAGAGGCACAUGGCGCUCCUACUACAUGUAUUCCAGUGAUAGAGGUCGACUGCGUUUCUCUAUCAAAUCCACUCUCUCAUGCUACACCCCCGCACAGGCAACCACAGGCGUCGUCCACACAUGAACAAAGCAUCAACGAGAGACAGGCUAUACCAGCCACUAAUCCAGCCCGAGAAACCUCACCCGACAAUGAUGAGAUGAAUGAAAACGGGCAUACACAAUCAGGAGUCUCUCAGCCACCCCGACGCCAGCGAAAAUCUCGGUAUAUGAGCCUGCCCAGCGAGGUCGAUGCAUCCCUCAAUGUCCUAUACCGAGAGCUUGAAUCGAAUGCAUCGUUGAGACUAGGAAUUGAGAACCUACGCAAAGAAAACGCCCGAUGCAUGCAGACAAUCCAGAUGCGCGACCUCAGUCUGGUGGCUCUGCGCCGGGAGUUGGAACAUCGGCGAUUUUCGGAACAAGAGCUCGAAAGACUACAAGCGAACGCGGCCCAACUGGAGAAUGCAAACAAGGAGAUUCAAGAGCUUCGGGCAAAGAAUGAAUCUCUGGAAGCAGAGCUGCAGAUUUCAAGGGAAUCAGCAAAAGAAGCCAAAGCCCUUGUCGAUGAUUGGAAGGCGAAGCUGUCAUUGCUGAUUAAUAAUUGAUUUCUCCUUCUUUUCUCCUUAGCGUUUGAGUGUUCUUGUUUUGGAUUGACUCAUUCAAGCGAGCUUUCUGGUUCAUUUGGUCAUUGCAAUGUUCUGGCGAAUUGUAUAUCUCAUCA